AGGAUUUAGGGUUUGGAGGAGAGCACGGCGAUGGUGACCAUGGAAUUGGAUCGCGUCGGGGUCGGCCGCCCGGCGUCGACGGUGUCGGACACCAUGGACGAGGUACUCUACUCGCGAUUGAUGCACAGCAUUGGCAGGAAGGCCGUGGAGUGGCUGUCGAGCAGCAGAGUUUUGGUGCUGGGCUGCCGCGGCAUGGGCGCCGAGGUCGCCAAGAACCUGGCGCUCUCGGGCGUCGCCAGCGUGGGAUUGGUGGACGAAGGCACGGUGUGCGUGGAGGAUUUGGGAUGCCAGAUGCUGCUCAAAGAGGGCGAUGUCGGGUCGAACAGGGCAGUGGCCACGGCCAGGACUCUGCGAGAGCUCAGCCCCUGCGUGGACGCCAUAGCCAUCUCCGAGGCCGCGCUGGAGAGCUCGCUCAAGGACUUCCAGCUCCUUGUCGUCACCAUGGGGACUCUCCCCUACAUCGCUCACGUCAACCGGAUGUGCCGAGAGGCCGGGGUGAUGCUCGUCGCCGCCAUCUCUCGGGGGGUCUUCUCCUUCGUCUUCGUGGACCUGGGAGAGUGUUUCUCCGUGCUGGACGAGACCGGCGAGCCUGUUUCGCCCGUGCUGGUCGAGGGCAUUACGCAGGACUCUCCAGCGACUGUCACAGUGGUGGAGGAGCAAAGGCACGGCCUGGAAGACGGGGACGAGGUGGUUUUUAGUGGGAUCUCUGGGAUGGAGGAGCUCAACCACAGGGUUUCGUAUCCAGUCACGGUCACAGGCUCUUGCUCUUUCACCAUCCCGGAGGAUACUCGGGGAUUCAACAGGUAUGUGUCCGGGGGAUACUUCCACAAGAAGAGGCCUGUGAAGAAGAUGAGCUUUCUUCCCAUGGACAAGUCCAUCAACUCGCCGGAGUUUUGCAUCAGCGAUCCGGCAAAGGCAGGCCGGACACCAUGCCUCCACAUUGCGUUCCAAGCCGCGGACGAGUACGAGAGGCAGCACGGGUUGUCUUCUACGGGAGCUGGCUCAACUCUCGAGGAUGCUGAUGCCGAGGAGGUGGUGAAGCUGGCUAGAGAAAUGUGGCUUCGGGCUUCCCCCGGCGGCUCGCUGCAAGAGAAUGGAGAUUUGUCGUGCAAAACUCCCGACUUGGAUCGUUCCAAGUCUGGUGUGACUUCCUCCUCGGCCACGGGAAAGAGAGAUGCCGACAGCUCUAGUAGCGCGAACGAGGAAGCUUGCUCAUCGGAUUCAGGUGCAGGAAGAAGAGAUGGGACCUCCGGGCUGGACGAGGAACUAGUGAAGCUGGUAGCACAGGGAGGUUCUGUGGAGAUUUGUCCCAUCGUGGCCAUCACUGGAGGCAUAGCUGCACAGGAAGCCAUCAAGGCUUUGUCCAAGGUUUUUAUGCCAGUGCAUCAGUGGUUUUACUUUGAUGCAACGGAGUGUUUGCCGCUUAAGUCUUCGUCUUUGGAAGAACGCACCCCGCUGGGAUCACGGUAUGAUUCCCAGGCGGCGCUCUUUGGCCGAGAGUUUCAGCAAAAGCUUAGCUCUUCGCAGUGGCUGGUUGUGGGAGCUGGAGGAAUAGGCUCCGAGGUUUUGAAAAAUCUUGUUUUGAUGGGUGUGGGUUGUGGAACUAGUGGGCGCAUUGUUAUGACGGACAUGGAUUCUGUGUCCAAGGCAAAUCUAGUAGACCAAGCUUUGUACCAUAUAGACGACUUAGACAGACCCAAAACUCCGACAGCAGCAAGAGCUUUACGAAGGAUAAAUCCUGCUGCUCAGAUUCACGCACUACAAGAAAAGUUUGAUGCUUCAUCAGAGAGCCUUUUUGACACUUCGUUCUUUGAGUCGAUGACUGGAGUGAUAUCUGCUGUGGACAAUUCUACGUCGAGGCUGUACAUUGACAUGCGUUGCGUAAACUAUAGAAGGCCUCUGAUUGACGGGGGAAAGCAUGGAGCCAAAGGUAGCGUUCAGGUCUUUGUGCCUUUCCAGUCGGAGAUGUAUGCGUCCACUCGAGAUCCACCAGAGCACAGAGAGUUCCCAAUCUGUACCUUGAAAAACUUCCCGUAUGCACCUGAGCAUACGCUUAAGUGGGCCGUGGAAACUUUUGAAGCGCUGUUCAAACAGCGGCCGGUGGAUGUGAACUCUUACCUUUCAAAGAGAGAUUUUCAGGACUCUAUGCGGAAAUCACCUGCAUCGACGAGGCUGCCCAUCCUCGAAACUCUGAGGGACGCUCUCGUGCUACAAAGACCAUUGAGCUUUGAUGCUUGUGUGCAAUGGGCUCGUCUUCAGUUUGAAGAGCUUUUCACCAACAAUAUCAAGCAGCUGCUGUAUAACUUUCCGGCUGGAAUGACAACUUCAGCGGGCACUCCUUUUUGGAGCGGCACGAAGCGAAUCCCAACGCCCUUGGCUUUCCAUCCUUCGGAACCCCUGCACAUGGAUUUUAUUAUCGCGGCCGCGAAUCUACAGGCCACAGUAUAUGGCCUGAAGGGUUGCCGUGAUCAUUCGCUCUUUGUGGAUAUCGUACAAAGAGUUGCUGUUCCGCACUUCCAGCCCAAGGAAGGAAUCAAAAUUGCUGUUAGUGACAGUGAGGUUCGGAAUCCUCAACGCAGGGGUCAAGAUGACAGUGAUGCUACCGCUGCUUGCGAAGCCAUCCUUCAAGAGCUCCCAACGCCUCCUAGUCUUGUGGGCUAUCGCCUCACACCGUUAGAGUUUGAGAAAGAUGACGAACACAACUUCCAUGCCGAUUUCAUCGCAGCUGCUGCAAAUCUAAGAGCACACAACUACGGUAUCCCGUUAAGUACCAAGUUACAGGCGAGAUUGAUAGGGGGCGGCAUUAUCCCUGCAAUAAUCACGUCCACAUCAGUUGUGGGUGGUUUGAUCUGUCUCGAGCUCUACAAGCUCUUGCUGCAAAAGCCGCUGAGUGACUAUAGGCACUCCUACUUCAACUUGGCAGUUCCACUCUUUUGCUUCGCUCAACCUAUGAAAGCAUUCGAGCAUACGGUUGCACGAUCGCAAGGUGGCCUACUCAACUGGACACUGUGGGACAAGUUCGAGAUGGAUUGCGUGGGGAUGCCCCUGGAAAGCUUCCUGCUCAACUUCAAGCAACAGCAGGGCCUCGAAAUCACAAUGGUUUCUUACGGCAAAAGCCUGCUCUAUGCGGAGUUUCUGCCGCGGAAGAAGCUCCAGGACAGGUUUCCAGUGACGCUCUUGGAUCUGGUGACAAGCGUUGGCAAGGUGGCCGUGCCACCCACGGAAACCAAGCUCGUCUUCUCAGUCUCUUGUACCGACGCCGACGGGAACGAUGUCGAGGUGCCUGACGUUAUAGUCAAAGUGCGAUAGCUAGCGCUACGCCUCUAGAAAAACACUGUACAGCCCCUGUUCUUCGUGACUCUCUAGAAUAAACAUCCGAUCGCAAUCGCCCAGAUCGAUCGAUCAGAGGAAAAAAUUCUCGCAA